AUGUCGUCGCCCGCGAAAACAUUUCGUUCGCCGACAUUAUCAAAUACACCAACAUCGUCAGCAACGUCAGCUGCUGAUGUUCAAGAUGAUUUUCAAGCUUUUCAAAAACGUCCAGUGAUACGUGAUUUUCGCUUAACUGCAGAAUUAUUUGCAUCCAAUGGUGACAUUAUAUUGAUAUGUGGAAGAGGAAAUCAAGAGAAACAAGGAAUGUUGUUAGUAUCAUAUGAGAUUGCGUCGACAACCGCAUCAGUAACACCAUCCGUACGUCUGCUCAAAGUAAUCCGGUUAACGAAGAGAGUCAUCACCCAACUAGAAACCGUUCCAAUAUUGAAAAUCGCUCUGUUAUUAGGUGAUGGAGUCGUCAGUGUACUUGAUAUAGAUUCACUUGGAGAAAUUGCAGCGGUAUCAACAAAUAAUAUCACACUGUUUUCAACUUGGUAUGAUGUUGAGUCUCAUUCAUCGUCGGACGGUGCAACAUCUACCCCUUCUGAACUUCGCAUAUGUGUUGCAACAAAACGCCGUUCAGUUGUUUUUCACCGCUGGAUUCGUUCGCAACGACGUGUGGAAGAAAAUAAAGAUGCACGUGGUAGUUUCGAACUUCUUGACUAUCCACGUGCGCUGGCACUGUCACGUGACAGAAUUUGUACUGCUUACAGGCGAUCCUAUGUAAUCAUGAGUUUAACAACGGGAACGAUCGUUAAUGAAGUGCCUUUCACAAUGUCACAGGAUCCUAUUAUAAAUUGUCUUCAAGAUCGAACACAAUGGUGCAUACAAGUCGACUCCAAUACUGUAUUUUUAAAUUCGGAUUUUGAACCCUUAUAUAACACUGGUGUCACAUGGAAAGAAGUUCCGUCUGCUGUUGUUCAAGCAAAACCGUAUGUUCUCGCAUUAACGAGUCAGUCGAUCGAUGUUUGUACAUUCAAUGGUACAGAAUCCGUACCUGUCCAACAGAUCUCGCAUAAAAACACUACCACCGCAGGAAAAUGUCGUCUGUGGAUGGAUGCCCGCACCGAACGAAUUUAUGCGGCAACGCCAACCGACGUUGUGCUUCUUGAACCCAUUCCUGUUCGUAUUCAAUUACAGAACUAUACAGGCAUGUAUAGAUAUGAUUUAGCAUUAAUUCUUAUCCGAGCUGUACUUGGAAUAUCUGUUUCUUCAUCAAUGGAUGAUCAAUCAAGAACAAUUGAUGGCCAUGCGAAAGGAAAUUUGGAAACUUCCGAUAUGCCUAAAGUAACAACAUUCAAUAGUAGUAUAAAUGAACAGGUGGCAAAUAAGUCAUCAGCAGACAGUUCUACAUAUGGUCAAAGCUCUGCAAAUCAAUCCUCACGUCCAAAUCAAUCUUUAACUGAAACCGAUCUUUGGUGUGAGUAUUACCGUGUUGGAACAAUGUAUGCAUUUCAGUUAUUCAACAAACAACAAUUCGAUCGAUCAUUUGCUGAGUUCAAAGAAUUCUUGACGGAUCCAGCUGAGAUCAUUUCUUUGUUUGUAACAUUAUCAGCACACACAUGGUUGACGAAUUCAUACAAUGAAUUGAAUACAUUUGUCAAACAACAUCAACAUUUCUCCGAACCGGUGGAUUUUGUCGGACAAAGACUUGCAAGUGCAGUGCAAGAAUUACAAAACUAUCUAACAGAAUCACGGCGAAUGUUUCAAACGAUAUUCCGACGUUCACCAGAUGCUUGGCUCGAGGUGCAAUCACUGGUGAAAAAUCGUCUUAUAUUAAAACCAGUUCGUGAUCUGUUGAUCAUUGUCGAAACGGCUUUGCUGAAAGUUUAUCUAACGACAAACAACAAUACAUUAGCAAACGCACUCUUGCGUAAUCAAGAGAAUUGCUGUUUACCAUCUGAAGUUGAAAAAGAACUGAAAAAACAUCAUCGUCGAAAUGAAUUGGUUUCAUUUUAUGAAAAACAAAACCGACACAACGAAGCUUUAGAAUUGAUUACGAAUACUGAAUCGUUAGCUUCCAAUGAAAAUAUCUUGAAUUAUUUAUCUAAACUUGAUAAUCAGCAACUGCCAUUGAUUUUUAAGUACAUUGAACCCAUGAUCAAAUCUGCUGUGGCAAAUCCCAAUGAUCAAACACUUUUUCAUGAUAUUCUACAACUGUUUGUCGGUGAAUCUGUUUCGACAUCUUCUUCAACGAUAGAUCCAUCUCAAUUGGCAGCAAUCAAAUUCGAUCCAAUUCAAGUUUACGACUUUCUCAAGGAUAUCGACGAAGAUUUCGCUAUUCGAUAUUUAGAACGCAUUUGUCUGAAACCCGAACUCGGUGAAAAUCGACAAACUAUUCACAAUCGACUUGUCUAUGCUUAUUGCAAUCGAAUCAAACAAAUAACUGAAAAAUUACAACCUCUCAUCAAAGCAAAUCGACAAGAAACAUACACAGAUAAUGAUGUCUACGCCACCCAAGUCGCAUCUGAUGAUUUGGAAAAAUAUUCAACAGCAUCUCCGAUCAAAAAGAAACAAAUGGAAUACGAAAACAAACUGAAAGAAUUUCUCUCGAAUCAAAACUGUCAAUGCGACUUCGUUACAUUACAAGCAUAUUUUCUCAAUGAACAAAAAACGUCGUCCAAUGAUCGCCUGUUCAGUUUACACUACGCAAUUGUUCUCGGCAAGUUGAAUCAACACGAAUUGGCCUUGGAAACUUUCGUGAAAAAUGGAUUUUAUACUGAUGCCGAAGCUUACUGUGAAACGAUGUACGCUAAUUACGACAAAGAACUCGCCCGCCAUCUUUAUCGUCAAUUGAUUGAACAUUAUUUAAAGAAAAGUAAUGAUGGCAGUCUAAAUGAUACCAGUUUGAAAACAAUCUUACGUAUUGUCAACAACGCUUCAGAACGUCUCGAUCCGGUGCAGACGUUGGAAAUUUUACCGGGACAAUUAAAAUUAAACAGUAUGAAAGAUUUCAUCGAGCAUUCAUUACAAACAUGUUCGAAGAAUAAACGAAGUUCCCAAUUAGAACGACAUUUAUUAUUUUCAAGAUUGCUCCGUACGCAAUCGAAACGCAUUACAAGUGAGAAUCAUUCAUUCGUUAUCGAUAGUGAUUCGGAAUGUGCGCGAACAGAAUGUACUCAACCACUGACGGCUAUGCAAGCGAUUGUGAGAUUUCCAAAUGAUAAAAUCGUUCAUUAUCAUUGUCAAGCUAAGUAUGAAAAAGAACUAGAAAUGGAUUUCGAUGAAUUCAUUGAAUCAUUAGAAAGUCUGCCAAUUGACUUAAGUCGAAAUCUUCGUUUAUUAAGAGAACUUGAUGAUAAGAGUAUUUCAUUAAAGUCGGAAUGUUCAACAAUCGCAACAAAAUAUCAACAAACCAAAUCUCAAGAUGACAGAUACAAUCUUAUUCAAACAUUAAAUGAAUUACAAUCGCGACGUUUGUUACAUGCCGAUGAGAAGAUCACCCUCGCAAACCAAGCAUAUGAAAUGGUUGAAAAGCAUAUUCGUCGUUUGGAUGAUGUCUUAGAAGAAUUAGCAAAUCAACCUGUCGUCGUUCCAGCAAAUAAUCGAAAGAAAAAACGAACGAAUUCGACAACGGACGACAUGAAUUCAAACAAAAAACGACGGAAAACAGAUAAGCCAUUGAAUCAAGUACAAAAUAAAACUUCAAUCAAAAAGAAAGAGCAACAUCAAGAAAUGAGCAAAGUUGAACCUGUCGGUUUGGAUUUAUUUCCUAUCGAUCCAUACGAACCACGAUAUUGUAUAUGCAAUCAAGUAUCGUUCGGGCGUAUGAUUGCAUGUGAUAAUCCUCAAUGUCAAAUCGAAUGGUUUCAUUUCGCAUGUGUGAAACUUGAGGAGGAACCAAAAGGUAAAUGGUUUUGCGAGAAAUGUCGACCAAAGACAAUUUAA